AAAGUUAACUUAGCUUUUUAUUAUAAUGGAAAUCUGAUUGACGUACCUACGUGAAAAGAAACGUGCUAAGAUGUUGUCAUCUGUCAAAUUUGGCCUUCAAUUUGCUGAGGAUCUUUUUGCAACUCCUAAAGGGUUUUGCAAUGUUUGAGUGAAUUGUAAGUUAAAAUCAAUGGUGUGACAUAUGAGUGAGGGAGUCCUCGUGUUAAAAUGACAUCGAGGGGUAAGAAUGUAGUACGGAGUUACGAGACUGAGAUCGAGAAGAGCCGAGAGGAGUCUAAUUGGAAGAAGGCAGUUGAGUUGGCCCAGCAGCUCAAGGCGAGGUCUCCUCAACACGAAAGCCUUGCUCAUUUUCUCAUUGGUGAAGGCAAGCUCGAAGCAUACCUUGAGGAAUGGCCACCCUCGAAGGAGAACAUCGAACGGGCACAGCGGGAGCUGUCAGACUCCAGGGGCUACCUGACCCUGGCUACAGAUGAGGCGGGCAAACGUGCAGGGGUGGCACUGGACUCCCACCUGCUGCUUGGGAAGCUGAGCUAUGCCUGCGGAUCAUAUGAUGAAGCAUUGAAGCAGUUCAGCUUGGCUGAACUUAAUACUUUAACAGAGAAGGAGUUGCCACUGAGGAGUUUGCGGAUCGUGGCGGAGUCGUACGCGAUCAAAGGGUUCUGCCUGGAGCUGGCCGGCGCGCCCUCCAGCAGCCGGUACAAGCAGGCCGAGAAGGACAAUGAAAUGAUCCGAAGUUUCGAGCUAGCAUCGGAACUGACCCUACUGUACCUGCAACGCACAACGACGGCCCGCGCGGGCCCCACACUGGAGACCGCGCUGCAGCGGGUGCCCAUACUGCACAUCCGCGCGGGGCGCCUGCAGAGCGCCAUCGACAGGUACCGCGACAUGCUGACGGCGGUGGAGUCGGUGUCGACGCAGGCGCUGCGGCUGACGCUGACGCGGCAGCUGGCGGAGGUGCUCAUGAGGGGAGUCACCGGACAGGUGUACAAAGCGCCGGAGAUGGGCGCGCCUGCGCAGACCGCGGGCCCCUGGAAGCCCCGGAAGUACGCCAGCAUCAACCAGUUCGUCCCCCGCAGCGAGUACGAGGAAGUGGUGCUGCUGCUGCUGGUGGGCGAGGCGAUGGCGGUGCGCGGCGCCGUGCUGUCGCAGAGCGCGGAGUUCCUGUCGGCGCGCGCGCACUCGCUGCGUGCGGCGGUCGCCGUCGCCGACCUGCUGGCGCUGGCCGCCGUGCGCUGGGGGCAGCUGGCCUUGCUGCUAGAGUCGCUGGAGCGCGCGAUGAAGUUCUCGUUCGGCGACGCGCACGUGUGGCGCCAGCGCGCGCUGGCCACAGCCGCCGCCGCGCCGGCGCCCGCCGCGCGCCCGCCGCUGCUGCUGCUGCAGCCGCACUACGCGCCCGGCAGCGGCGCGUGGAGCGCGGGCGUGCGCGCGCGCGCAGUGUCGCGCCGCGCGGCGAUGCUUGCGCCGCGCGACGCUGCGCUGCGUCUCGUCGCCGCCACCACCUGCUACCAGAUGGGAUGGGUAGAAGACGGUAUCGAGUUAGCAGAAGAAGCGCUGGCGAUAGAAGAUUCAGAAAAUGGGUCUAUGCUGGCGCGGGCGUGUUUAUAUUGUGGCAUCGGACAUCUGAUGAAGGCGCAGAAAACCAACUCUCGAAUUGAGAAAGAAGCGGCGCACGCGACGAGUCUGAAGUUAUUACUCCGGGCGGUACAACUGGAUGACAACGAUCACCUGGCGUUUUACUACCUCGCUCGUCAGUACAUGGCCCACGGGAUGCUCAACGAAGCUAUGGACGCGACUCGAGCGUGCCUGAGCGCCCGCGCGGAGUGCAGCGGCGGCCUGCGCCUCGCCACGGUGUUGUGGUCGUGUGCCUGCGCCGGCGCACGCGGCCUCCGCGCUCUCUCGGCCGCCAGGCUCGCGCGCGAACACUAUCCUAACGCUGAUUGGCCGCUGUGGAGCUUAGCAGCUUUACAAUUAUUGUGGGACCAGGGAGAGGCGGCGCUAGCGACGGGCAAAGAACUGUUAACCCUGCUCAAUAGCAGCGAGGACGUGUCCGCGGAACACAACGGCUACGCGGAACUCGACGCUCUGUCCGACUCGCACGACGAUACGCACAGUGUCAGAGACGCAGCGUCAGUCCGAGCGGAAUCGGCAGGCGCGUACCGCGCGGAGCGCACGCUGUCGGAGUGCGCGUCCUCCGCGUGCGCGUCCGCGUGCGCGCGCGCGCCGCGUGCGCUGUGCGCCGUGCGCGCGCGCGCCUGGCUGCUGCUGGCCGACUUGUGUCUCCGGUUGGAUCGAGUGAGCGCAGCAGCGGGGUGUGUCUCCGAAGCCGCGGCGUUGAUGCCGUUCAGUCAUUUAGUUCUAUAUACGAGAGGGUUGGUCCACGCGGCGAGUUCAGAGUGGGAGGAAGCCAGACAAUGCUUCCAGAAUGCGCUCGCCAUACAUCCCACACACCUCGACAGCAUCGUGCAGCUGGGCGCGGCAUACUACAACCUGGGCUGGCUGCGCCUGGCGGAGAAGUGUCUGCGGGAGGCGGCGCAGCUCGAGCCCGCGCGCGCCGACACGUGGCGGCGGCUGGCGCUCGUGCUGGCCGCGCUCGGCGAGCCCGCCGCCGCCGCCGACUGCGCCUGCGCCGCGCUCGCGCUGCAUCCACAGGUACGUACAGACACUGGCGGCGGCUGGCGCUCGUGCUGGCCGCGCUCGGCGAGCCCGCCGCCGCCGCCGACUGCGCCUGCGCCGCGCUCGCGCUGCAUCCACAGGUACGUACAGACACUGGCGGCGGCUGGCGCUCGUGCUGGCCGCGCUCGGCGAGCCCGCCGCCGCCGCCGACUGCGCCUGCGCCGCGCUCGCGCUGCAUCCACAGGCCCCGGCGUUGCCACUAUGAUACGGUAUGUUCUCCGCGCUCGAAGGCGGCGCGGGCGCUGAAGGCUGACUCAUCCCUGCAUAUCAUCCGCGAAUCCACCAAUCACACGCUUCCCGCAUUUGACCAAUCAGUGCCGCACUGGAUCUUCACAUCCCCGCGUUCGACCAAUCCGCGAAGUUGGGAUUGGGAAAUUGUUGAAGUGUCAAU